AUUCGUUCGUGCGGCAAACAAUAGACUUUCAUAUAAAAAAAAAAAAAACUCAACAUAAGCUGUGUUUGAAUACACACAUCCCUUCUUUUUCAUCAUGUCUAUCGAGAUAGAGUCUGAAGACGUGAUUCGUCUUAUACUCCAGUUUCUUAAAGAAAACGACUAUAAUGAAGCAGCUUCUACGUUGGAAUCGGAAACAACCAUCAAAAUAAACACACUUGAAAACAAAGAAGCGUUUAUUCAAGAGAUCAAACGAGGUGCAUGGGAUAUUGUGUUGAAACGCGUCGCUGAUUUACGAAUUCCACCGCGAAAACUGAUGGAUCUCUAUGAACAGAUAGUACUGGAAUUAGCCGAGAUGCGUGAACUAGGUGCUGCACGCACACUGCUUCGACAAACAGAACCCAUGUUUCUACUCAAACAAAGAUAUCCUGAACGCUAUUUGAGAUUAGAACAUGUCUUGUCGCGAUCUGCUUUUGAUCCUAGAGAUAACUAUCCGCAAGGCAUGACAAAAGAAAAAAAACGAAACAUGAUUGCUGCAGGUCUUGCUAGUGAAGUCACUGUUGUAGAACCUUCUCGCUUAAUGCAUUUGUUGGAAGAUUGUGUGAAAUGGCAACAACAUCAAGGUUUAUUGCCGAUGGAUGCCACAUUUGAUCUGUUUCGUAAUGCAGAUCAAUUACAACCUACAGAAGAAGAAGCUUAUGCUGAUGAAGCUUAUUUGCAAAUCAAGUUACCAGGCAAGAACACGUAUGCUGAAUGUACUGCAUUUUCACCCAAUGGAUUAUAUCUCGUGUCUGGCUCAGUGGAUGGGUUUAUUGAAGUCUGGAACUAUACAAAUGGCAAACUAAGAAAAGACCUAAAAUAUCAAGCAGAAGAAAACCUGAUGACCAUGGAUCAAGCUGUGCUUUGUUUAGCGUUUAGCACAGACAGUGAAUCAUUAGCUUCAGGCUCUACAGAUGGUAAAAUAGCCAUUUGGAAACUACAGACAGGAUUCUGUACAAGGCGAUUUUCCCCUGCUCAUAGUCAAGGUGUCACCUGUGUCAGUUUCAAUAAAGAUGCAAGCCAUAUCCUCAGCUGUAGUUUUGACAGUUCCAUCAAGAUCCACCAUAUUAAAUCUGGAAACAUGGUCCAAUCGUUUGAAGGACAUACUUCUUUUGUCAAUUCAGUCAUGUACAAUCUAGACAAUACACAAAUCAUCAGUGCUAGUAGUGAUGAAACAGUCAAGAUUUGGGAUGUUACAACAGGUGCUUGUCUCUAUAGUGUCAAACCAGAAGAAGGCAUGAAAGUACAACAAGCAUUGUCUAUACCAAACAGUCCUCUAGAAUUUAUGGUGAUACAUGCAGGCCAUAAAGCACACGUAUUGAACAUGCAAGGGGAGACCAUCAAAUCAAUUCAGACUACUGAAUCUACCAAGUUUAUUGCAGGUACCCUCUCCCAUCAAGGUGGCUUACUCUAUAUGGUAUCUGAAGACUCUAUCCUGUAUUGCUUUAGCUUGGCUUCAGGUCAAUGGAUUGGUCAAACAAAAGUAUGCGAGGAAGAAGUUAUUGGUCUAUCAAGCCACCCUUAUUCAAACAUUGUUGCUGUCAAUAAUGAAAAAAGACGUGUGUAUCUGUAUAAACCAAAAUAAAGACAUUGAUUGCAUGAAUUUAUCAUGACAUGCUCUACCCUUUUGUGACGACAAAAAAUAGAGUCACACAGCUGCCCUGUUUGUUUGUCUCAGCUCUAAAGUAAGAAAAAAUUACCCUGUUCUUUUUUUUU